GUUGAAAAUUAAGUAGAGCAGCUGCCACUGAAAAAGCCCAUUCCAAGUUUCCAAUAAAGCCAACUCUCUCUCUCUCUCUCUCUCUCUCUCUCUCGCUGUGACUCGCUCGCUCUCUCUGCGCGCUGCUGAUACAUUUUCGCUCGGCAUAAUACUCACGCCCUAGCGUUCACAAACUUCAGAGUUUUACCGCGAAUCAUAUCCCUAAAGCCACUCCUCCCUCUUCCAGUUGAGAGUCUCUAAACGGCAAAAGCUCAAUCCUCAUCUCUCAAAUCUGUAUACAAAAUAAGAUGGAGGCACAAAGUUCAGUGGAAGGGCAUCUCAUUGAGAUUUGUACUGAUGUAUCAUCUACGGAGAGGGUCUCUGGUGGAAGCAAGGGUUGUGAGGGUGCAGCAUGUGGGUUCUCUGAUGCCAAGACAAGCUCUAAGGAUGCACAAGAACGUUCUGCCUCUAUGAGGAAACUUUUGAUUGCAGUUGUUUUAUGUGUCAUCUUUAUGAGUGUGGAAGUAGCUGGGGGUAUCAAAGCCAAUAGUCUGGCAAUAUUGACUGACGCGGCUCAUUUGUUAUCAGAUGUUGCUUCCUUUGCUAUCUCUUUGUUCUCAUUGUGGGCUGCGGGAUGGGAAGCUACCCCACGCCAGUCAUAUGGAUUUUUUAGGAUAGAGAUACUGGGGGCUCUGGUCUCAAUUCAAUUGAUAUGGCUUCUUACUGGGAUCCUUGUCUAUGAAGCUAUUGUGCGACUUGUACAAGAGACAGGAGAAGUUCAAGGCUUUUUGAUGUUUCUGGUGUCUGCUUUUGGACUGCUUGUAAAUAUUAUCAUGGCUGUCUUGCUGGGUCAUGAUCAUGGACAUGGACAUGGACACGGGCAUGGACAUGAUCACGGACAUGGCCACGGACAUGAUCACGUGCACGCUUCAGGCCAUGACCAUCAUGGACACGAGGAUCAUGACCAUGGCUCAGAGGAUGACCACACACACAGCCAUGGAGUGACAGUCACCCGGUAUGAUCGUUCUACACAAGGGAAUCACAAGCAUGAUGAACAUCAUCAUGUACAUGCCGUAGAUACAAGCGAGCCUUUGCUAAUCAAAUCAAGUGAGGACAGUAAUAAGGCGGAAGGUGGACACAAAAAGGAGCGCAACAUAAAUAUUCAGGGUGCUUACCUUCAUGUGCUUGGAGAUUCCAUACAAAGUGUUGGAGUUAUGAUUGGUGGAGCUAUUAUCUGGUAUAAACCUGAGUGGAAAAUUAUCGAUCUUAUAUGCACUCUCCUUUUCUCUGCAAUUGUGUUGGGAACCACAAUUAGGAUGCUGCGCAAUAUUCUUGAGGUCCUCAUGGAGAGCACUCCCAGAGAGAUCGAUGCCACAAGCCUUGAGAAAGGUCUUUGUGAGAUGGAUGAGGUUGUUGCAAUCCAUGAAUUGCAUAUUUGGGCGAUUACUGUGGGGAAAGUGUUAUUAGCUUGCCAUGUCAAAGUUAAACCUGAGGCCGAUGCUGACAUGGUUCUUGACAAAGUCAUCGACUACAUCAAGCGAGAAUACAACAUAAGUCAUGUAACAAUCCAGAUAGAGCGAGAACAGGCCCCGUAAUUUAGCAAUCAGGCAUCUUUGUUGAGAUGGUGAAACUCCCUUCGUUUGCACUGGUAAAAAAGAUUAAGGAAACUCUAUUCUAUAUGUGAUGCAUUGCUGAAUGGCUGUGUUCCCCUUCCAUGUAUGGGACUAUAAAGAAAGGGCAAGGGUCUUUGAGUUCGCAGCUUCAUUGCACUUGGGAGAUAUUUUAUAUUCUGCAGAUUUAUAGCUCCUGCGGUUGCACAUCUUGGUUUAGAUUGCAAGAAACUUUAUUUGCAUGUUUGUUAUAAAGUUUUAGCCCAAACUCUGGCUAUACAAUGACUUCUUAGAAGUUAUAUUUCCAAUUCUUAUAUGUAUGUAUAAUUUGCUCAGUUCUAUUGAUGAAUGACUAGUGUCAUUUCACUCUUAGCAAAAGAAUGAAAGUGCAUAACUAGUGUUAUCUCACUCUGUCUCUGAUAUUGUCAGAUGCUGCUGUCUUUAAACUUUACUCCAUAGUAUUAUUGUAGUAACAGAAGAGAAUUUUUGUAAA